AUCAGACAUGGUUGAUUAAUCACACAUUCGCAUACACGCCGUGGGAGAAGAAGGCGCGCUGUCCAGGUGGGGAAAAUCAAAGGGAAAUGUGUUGUAUAUUCCAAAUAUCGCCACCAAUCACUCAAUUCUGGAAUGCUCGUCGCCGCUUUUGCGCAAGCGCGUACUCCUAGGCUCUAUCUACAAUGUCGUCAUAAGUCAAACCUGUCAGCCAUCAAUCGCUCUCUCGACCAUUCCAUCCGCAGAGACCGCCGCAAAGCUCUCGAUGAUCUGAACAAAGUAAGAGAUGAGCGUGGAGGAAAUUUCCCAUGGCUAGACCGUUCGGAAAAUCGCUCAGACGACCGCAAGCCCAACACGUACGAUGAUCGCAGGUCAAACACCUACAAUGACCGCAAGUCCAACGAUCGCGACGAUCGCGACGAUCGCAGAUCUAACAGUUAUAAUGACCGCCGCGAUGGAGCUGCUUCAAGAGGAAGAGACUUUGCUGCUUCUGGAAGAGGCAGAGACCAAGCCGAUACUCCGAGAGGAAGAGACUUUGCUGCUUCCGGCAGAGGAAGAGAUCAAGCCGAUGCUCCGAGAGGAAGGGACUUUGCCGGUGCUGGAAAAGGCAGAGGCUACUCCGAUACUCCAAGAGGAAGAGACUAUGCUGGUUCUGGAAGAGAUACAGAGGUCCGAGAUCGAGGCUUCAAGAAACGAGAUGAUGGCAACCACUUGAAGAAGGAUGCUUCUUGGAGGGAUGACAUCCACAUCACUCCCGAAGCCGAUCAAGCGGGAGCCUUUGCCAUCCGCAAGUCCAACAAACUUCCUACCCAUACAGAUUUGACCGAUGACCAAAAGCGGGAUGUCUUGAAAGUGCCGUUCGAUCAGAAAUCGCAUUUUACCCCCGAGAACUGGAAUCGUCUAAUGGCUGCUCUCAAGGAGGCCGAAGAUAAAUAUAUCAACGCUCUGCCGAAACGUCCCUCCACUCUACCCACCUUCGCAAAAGACAAGUCAAGUCUCGAGAUCAAGCAAGAACUCAAAAAGACUGUCAAAGCAGAUCUUGCAAAGAUUGAGCCAACUCUGAGACGUGAGCGACAAGAGUGGUUGCGCGUUCUGCAACAUGCCGGUGACGCUAUCAAAAACGCAAAGGCAAAGUAUAUAUUCAUUCCUGGUCGCCGAUGGUUCGAGGAGGGCGAUCCGCAGAGUGCCAUGAAGGCCACUGUCUAUCCCAUCCAGCCACCAGCGAACCCGGAGCAAGGUGCUGACUGGAAUGCUGCGCUCCGUGAUAUCUCUGUCCUAAAUCAGGAUAUGCGCGGAGACUUUAUCAAAAAUAUGGUCAACAGGCAUGCCGAAGCUAUCAUCAGUGGCAAGGACGUGCAAGACGAGGAAGUUUAUCUCGAUAAAGUUGGCUCCUCCAAGCUAAGCAGACAAGAGAAGGAGCUGCAGAAGGAGAAGGAUGCAAAGAUGGAUCAGUUCGCUUUCAAGGAAGAUAAAGAGAGGAGAAGACUGGAAGAAGAAAGUCGUCUCGACGACAACCAACUCUUUACUUCUGUAAGAAAGAACAGAGAGACGAACAACGACAACAAAAACAAGUACAAGGAGAUUCAGGAGCCAAGAGACAGAAGAGACAGAACAGAUGAAGACAGAGACAGCCGUUCAUCGCCACGCUCCUCCCGCGACAACAGAGAUAUAGACGACUACGUCUCUAUCCCCUACACAACAGCAGCCUCGGAAUUCCUCUACGGCUACAACACCGUCAUCGCGGCUCUCAGAGCCAAACGCCGCACAAUCUACAUGCUCUACAUCCACAAACGCGCUGCAAGCAGUCCCAAAGCGAAAAAGGACAUGAUGACCCUGUGCAAACACGCAAAACUCCCCUAUAAAGAAGUCGACGACCACUUCCUUCCCAAAAUGGAUAAAAUGGCCCAAGGUCGCCCUCACAAUGGUGUCAUUCUGGAAGCCUCUCCUAUCCCAAUUUUACCCACAAAAUCGCUGGGUAAAAUGGGCGUCACAUAUGUCAGCAUCCCCAUCGUACUCGCGGAACAAAGCGCCGAGGAAGUGGCUAUAAGAGGUAGGCCCUCAUCCAUACCCUUCCACUACACCCACACUUGGAGAAAUCCCCUCGUGUUGCUCCUCGACGGUAUCCUCGAUCCCGGAAACCUCGGCAACAUCCUUCGCACAGCACACUUUUACGGCGUAGACGCAGUAGCCAUCUGCACAAACACCUGCGCCCCUGUAAACCUCCCCAUCGUUCAGAAAGCAGCUUCUGGUGCCGCUGAAGCUUUGACUAUCCUUUCCAUCCCCACACCUGCAAACUUCAUCACUCUGUGCAGGAAGAACAAUUGGUUGGUGCAUGCAGCUGUGGCUCCUGGUGCUGCAUCUGCUACGACUGGAAAGAAGAGUUAUGUUACUUCGAAUAUGAUCUCGCCGCUGUCGAGGGGUCCUAGUAUCCUCAUGAUUGGAGCCGAGGGAGAAGGAUUACGUGCCAAUCUGGCCACAAAAGCCGAUGCCAAUGUCGGUAUCAAGGGAUCCAAACCUCCUGCUCUUGAGUUGGACGUCGGAGUCGACAGUUUGAAUGUCGGAUCUAGUGUUGCGGUUCUGUUGGAGGCAUUCAUGAGGAAACCUGACAACUUGGAUGCUGUACCGGAUAGAACGAUUCCUGAAGGCACCGGUGACAUCGUGGCCAAGAUAUUGUAGCACGAUAGAUUUGACAUCUGAGCGCUAGGUAGCAUGUGUUUUGGAUUACUUCUUGUACAUUUUUGUCGAUGCCUAUUUUUCUCUCCUUCUCUACAUUGUAUUAUAACGUCUUUUCUGCAUCUACUGCCAUCCCAACA